AUUAAAAUUGCACCCCAGUCCCUUUCCCAGAUUUCGAGGGCCAAAUUAAACCAAACCCGCAAACCUUCAGUCGAAAUUCGAAACCCCAACAAAACCCUAACUUCCCGAACCCUAACCCCGCGAAUCAUUUCUUAAAGGCUCCAAAUUCAAAUACCUUGAAGAAGAAGAAGAAGAGUUGACAUCUUCGAAUUUUCAAUGGAUUUCGACGAGUACGAAUAUUUGGAAAAAACCGUGGAGGAGCAGGAAGAUCCGAAGAAGAAGAAGAAAGACGGAGGAGGAUCUGGAGAAAAGAGCGAGAGAAGCUACAGGAAGAGAGAUGGGGAGAGAGAGGAAGAUGAAGAUGAAGGCAAGAGCAGCAGCAAGAAAUCGAGAGGCGGCCGCGAUGAGGACGACGAGGAGAGGCGAGAUCGGGAUAAGGAUCGGCAUAGAAGCAGCCGCGACAGAGAAAGGGAAAGGGAGAGAGAGAGGGAUAGAGAUAGGGAUUUAGACAGGAGGAGUGGUAGAGAGACGGAAAAGGAAAGGGAGAGGGAGAGGAGAGAUAGGGAUAAGGAGAAAGAGAGGGAUAGGGAGAGAAGAGAGAGGGAAAAGGAAAGAGAGAGGAGGGAAAGGGAGAAGGAGAAGGAAAGAGAGAGAGAGAGGAGAGAGAGAAGCAGUAGUCGGUCGAGGAGACACGAGAGUGAUCGCGAGCGAGAGAGGGAGCGGGAGAGAGAACGCGAAGUCGUCGAUAUCAGGGAUAGCAGGAGAUUCAAAGAGAAGAAAGAAGUAGUGGAGCCAGAAGCUGAUCCUGAGAGGGACCAGAGAACUGUUUUUGCUUACCAGAUGCCACUGAAAGCAACUGAGAGAGAUGUCUAUGAAUUCUUCUCAAAGGCAGGGAAGGUGAGGGAUGUCCGUCUGAUCAUGGAUAGGAAUUCAAGACGAUCAAAGGGAGUUGGGUAUAUUGAGUUUUAUGAUGUGAUGUCUGUGCCAAUGGCAAUAGCAUUGUCUGGUCAACUGCUCCUUGGUCAACCUGUGAUGGUUAAACCUUCAGAGGCUGAAAAGAAUCUUGUUCAGUCAAAUACUUCUGGUGCAGGCUCAGGUGGUGUUGCUGGACCAUAUGGAGCGGUUGAUAGAAAAUUGUAUGUGGGGAACUUGCACUUCAAUAUGACAGAAAUGCAGCUUAGACAGAUAUUUGAACCUUUUGGUCCCGUGGAGCUUGUGCAACUACCACUUGACCUAGAGACUGGGCAGUGCAAAGGUUUUGGGUUUGUUCAGUUUGCUCAACUUGAGCAUGCAAAAGCUGCUCAAAGUGCAUUGAAUGGAAAACUUGAGAUUGCUGGUCGAACCAUUAAGGUUUCAUCUGUGACAGAUCAUGUUGGUACCCAAGAUACUGCAGCAAAAUCUGCUGACUUUGAUGAUGAUGAGGGUGGUGGGUUGGCUUUAAAUGCUCAGUCAAGAGCAUUGCUUAUGCAGAAACUGGAUCGCUCUGGUAUUGCGACAAGCAUUACGGGCUCACUUGGAGUACCCCUUCUUAAUGGGUCAGCUCCUAAUCCACAGGCUGUUACCUUGCCUGUCAAUGGCCAAGCUGCAUAUCCAGCACCAAUUCUACCUCCAAUCAUGUCUACUACAGCCAUUGAUCCUAUCGGACAGCCCAGUGAGUGUUUGCUGUUGAAGAAUAUGUUUGAUCCUGCUACUGAGACGGAACCAGAUUUUGAUUUGGAAAUUAAAGAGGAUGUUGAAGAAGAAUGCAGCAAAUAUGGCCGGGUGAAGCAUAUAUAUGUGGACAAAAACAGUGCCGGUUGCGUGUAUCUUCGAUUUGACUCUGCAGAAGCAGCGGGCAAAGCUCAACGUGCAAUGCACAUGAGAUGGUUUGCAGGCCGAUCAAUAUCAGCCUUUUUUAUGCAACCACACGAGUAUGAAGCAAGGUUCAAUGGUUGAACAGCUUUCAGUGUUUCAGUUGCAGGAUUGAAUUAGGAUAUUUUUCAAUGUGGAUGUUUCUGAUGUCUAGAGGGUAGGUUUAUUUCUGAACUCGUUUUGUCCUGAGUUUAGAAUUUUAUAUUCAUACAAGAUAUCUAAAUAUAAGAUAAUAUAUUUCUUUAACUUUUAUUGCUUCUGUAAUAUGCGUAAUGAGUCUGCCUUGUAAUUGGUGCCAUCCAAAAAAUAUUCAUUUAAGAUCA